UAUGCCUUUUCCAUUCCAGUGUCAACUCAAGUCUCGUCGACCAAGCAGGUCUCCUAUUCACACAGCAGCAGCCCCUUCUUCCCGCCAUUCUCAGCACGCAGCCACACGGUAUCACGCUCCGGUUAGCGCGUGAUUAGUUGUUUCACAAGUCACGAGAUCGGAUCAGCUCACCCUGUCUGCAGUUUAUUUCUGCCUUCCCCCAGCUUUUGUCGCCUGAUCCGAUCGCUUCUCGUCCUGGGUUAAUUCUCCCAUGGCCACCUCCUCGCUAACCGCCGCUCGCGUGCUGGCGUGCCCGUCACGCACGGCCUCACGGCUCGCUCCGAGAAGCGCGCCACGUUUCGUGUGCGUGUCCGUCGGACCUUCCUCCACCCCGCCCUCCUCCUCCUCAUCCGCGUUUCCCGCCACCGCAAAGUCCGGCAGCUGCUGCGGCUCCGGUUCGACCGGAUCAGUCUCAGCAGCAGCAGCAUCCGCAGCCGCGACUGCCGCGCCGCCUGCCACGUCAACCACAGCGCCCGCAUCGCCACAGCUGUCUCCCUCGCUGACGUCUGCAGCGAGCGAAGCGGCGGCGUACGCCAUGGCGAACCCGCCGAGAACGGACUGGACGAGGGAGGAGAUCCAGGCGAUCUACUCGUCGCCGCUGCUCGACUUAAUCUUCCACGGGUCGCAGGUGCAUCGCGCGGUGCACGGCAACCGGGAGGUGCAGCAGUGCACGCUGCUGUCCGUGAAGACGGGCGGGUGCUCCGAGGACUGCUCGUACUGCGCGCAGUCGUCGCGCUACGACACGAGCCUGGAGCCGGGCAAGUUCAUGCCCGAAGACCAAGUGAUCAGCGCUGCUAAGAAGGCGAAGGAGAGCGGCAGCACGCGCUUCUGCAUGGGCACGGCGUGGCGCGGCGCCACGGGGCACACGGACGACUUCAACAAAGUGCUGGGCUACGUGCGCACCAUCAAGGGCAUGGGCAUGGAGGUGUGCUGCACUCUUGGAAUGCUGACGGAGCAGCAGGCGGUGCAGCUGAAGGAGGCUGGGCUCACCGCUUACAACCACAACCUCGACACGUCGCGCGAGUUCUACCCCAACGUCAUCAGCACGCGCACCUACGACGACCGCCUGCAGACCAUUGCCUAUGCUCGCAAUGCGGGAAUCUCCGUGUGCUCUGGAGGCAUCAUUGGAAUGGGCGAGGCAGAGGAGGAUCGAGUCGGAUUGCUGUAUGAGCUGGCAACCCUGCCCCAGCACCCAGAGAGCGUGCCAGUCAACCUCCUCGUCCCCAUCCCCGGCACCCCCCUCGAGAGCCAACCGCGCGUGCCCAUAUGGGACGUGCUGCGCAUGAUUGCUGCCGCCCGCAUCGUCAUGCCGCAGGCCAUGGUGCGCAUGUCCGCCGGGCGGCUUGGCUUGUCUGUAGCGGAGCAGGCGCUCUGCUUCUUGGCCGGCGCCAACUCGAUUUUCACUGGUGAACGGCUUCUGACGACGGCGAAUAAUGACAAGGAUGAGGAUGCAGAGAUGUUUCAGCUGCUGGGACUGCUUCCUAAGCCUGCUAAUCUGUCCCUCUAAGACAUGUGAUUCUUAAAGAUUUCCAAAGUUAUUGUAAUGAUGACGUACCAUAUGAGCUCAGCUAAAAGACUCCCCGAAGGCGAGCCUAACCUGAAUGGGGGGUUGUGUUGUGUGGAUUUUUUUUUGAAGGGACCAAGCUGUUGCAGAGC